CACACGGUCGCGGCGCGAAGCAAUGGCGACCACGGCGCCGCUGCUCUCGCCCCAGCGCGCUUGCCCUACCCAUCUCCGGCGCCGCCUCUCGCCCCUACAUCUCGUAUUCCCCCUCGACGCGUCAGCGAGGCGGCUGCGCCUUCGCCGGGCGCCGCCACCUUGUUCGGCCAAGUUCGGCAAGUUCGACGCCUCCGACGCCCCGGCGGAGGCCGAGGAGGCGGGGGGCGCGACGGAUGGUGGGCUGGCGCAGCCCGUGGAGGAGGACGACAGUUGCUUGCCAUCGGAUUUGGAGGGCGCGAUUCGGCAGUCAGGGAAGGCGAGCGCAGAUUUCGUAAACUCCGGAGGCAUGCGAGCUAUCGCAGAACUGCUGAUCCCUCAGUUGGAAUUCCUCAACGAGGAAGGAGCACAGGCUGAACUCUGGGCGUUGUCAAAGAUUUUCCUGGACACACUUGUACAAGAGACAGGACAGAAAGUUACUGCCAUUUUCCCUGACGCUGGAGCAGCUGCCCUUCUCAAGCAUCAAUGGAAAGAUGCACAAUUCAAGUGUGCCAGUUUAGGUGACCGGAAGCCAGUUGGUCCUGAAGAUGAGGUCGCAGUUAUGAUUAUCCCUGAUCAUCAGAUGCUGGAAGCUGUUGAACGCAUCACAUCUCAACUCUCUGAUGAUCCUAUAAGACCUCUUGUCAUGUGGAACCCACGGCUUGUUAGUGGAGAUGUUGGAGUAGGCUUUAAUGUACGGAAUCUGCGGAGAAAUUUCUUAAGCACUUUUACCACUGUUUACUCGAUGAGGCCAUUGCCAACUGGUGCAGUCUUUAGAUGCUUUCCAGGGCAGUGGAAAGUGUUUUAUGAUGAUCCAAAUAGGCCAAAUCGGUAUUUGCUUGCCCGAGAACUCACAAGUAGGCCCGAUGCAACUGAUAUUGAGAGAAUAUUUGGUGGUGCCGAUGAGCAAUCUGAAGAGGCACCAUCGUUGAUGAACAAUGUCAUGGGCGUGUUCAGUUCCGUGAGUCGGUUUAUGAGGGUCAUCUCCAAGUGAGAGUCGAAGCAAACAUUGUUCACACUUGAAGCCAUCAACAACCAUCAUGAUGCUUGAGUUAUACAAGAAGAUUAUUUUAGUGCAUCCAUGUUGUUUUCAGUCUGUAAUUACUCCAUGGUACUGCUAUUCGGAACAGUAUAGUUUGGCGUUCCGGCACAUGCCACCAAAUGUGUGCACAUACCAUACCGUGGAUUCCUGGAGUCAUCUGCUGAUCCUACACCGUGAGGUCAAUUAUGUAAGUGUGACUUAGAAAAAAAAUGUAGAUAGAUCCUCAUUCUGGAAAAAGCCGGGUAUUUGAUUGUAAUUCAAUACUGUGCUUGAUAUAUCACAAUCAGCUCGCAUUUUGUAAUUCAAUACUGGACGAAUAUAAAUUCAAUCCUUUGUUUUAC